AUGGCCACCCGCCUUCCUUCUCUAACCGAUGUCGCUGCUUCGGCGAAUCUUAACUCUUCCUCCUCAGUUCCCUCCGCUCCCUUCUCCGCUGCUGCUACUACUGCUACUGCCCCGGCCUCGUCAGUUCAGGGUCCAUCCACCGCUGCCCCGGUCGCCACUCCCGGAUCCGACGUGGUGAAAUUGGAAGACUCCCCCACACCGUCCGCAUUGACCUCCGCAGACGCAGAAACACCCGUACCGGAUAACAUUGGAACGCCGGCAACAGGCGCAGGUCGCAAACGCAAGCUCAACUGCACCUCAGCGCGAGGUGUAGCGAAUCUCACCCCGGAGCAAUUGGCGAAGAAGCGGGCGAACGACCGGCAGGCCCAGCGCGCCAUUCGCGAAAGGACGAAAGCUCAUAUUGAUUCUCUGGAACAACGAGUCCGGGAUCUUUCGUCGCAAAAGCCGUUCCUGGAUCUUCAGGCGGCUUUGAGGCAGAAUGAAGUCAUUCAAGCUGAAAAUCGGGAGAUCCGACAUGGGCUGAAAGCGAUCAUGGAUAUAAUUCAGCCUUUGUUGGGGCAGCAAGAGAAGCCGAAUACUUUGGCCGCGACGCCUUCCUCAACCACCAAUCGAAUUCCCCCAAUAACAUCGACACCGCCGUUGUCCGAUGCCUUCCGUUUCUCAGCCAAUGGCCAGAGGUCAGCCGCUGGCGAGCACCCUACCAAUCCCGAGACAUCUUCUUCCACCGCACAUGCGGCCUAUGCGUCUGGCACGGCACGCCGUGAGAUAACAGCAACCGGCCCAGCUUCUUUUCGCAUCGCGUUCGACUACCAGCGACACAAUCUGGCUCACGGUCUGGACUUUGGCGGGACCGAUGAACGAAUGGGCUUCAACUUUUUGCUUGACGCAUCGCAGCAGGUCCCCAAAGUAGAGGGCUUUCGACGCUCCUCGGAGACACUGAGGCCGCCGUCGAAUCCGUCUCCAACCUAUCCAUCGAGUGUUCAUCCUUCUAUGGCGGAGCAGCCACUGCCUGCCUACCUGACCCCAAUUCGCAACAUCGCUCCGACAUGCACGCUGGACGCCAUUUUGUUGGAUUUUCUUCAUAAUCGACAGCACCAAGCAGCGAAAGGGGUAUCAAAGCAGAGCCUAGUCGGACCUUCUUAUCCUAGCGUCUCGUCCCUUCUCAACCCAGAGAAAAGCGUUUACUCGCAUCCCUUGUCGAAAGUGUUCACCGACAUCCUGCGGACCUUCCCGGAUAUAUCCACUCUCCCUGAACAAGUGGCCGUGCUGUUUCUCAUGUUCCUCCUCAUGCGGUGGCAGAUUUAUCCGACCCCUGAAAAUUAUGACCGGUUGCCCGAGUGGCUCACCCCUCGCCCGUCGCAGCUUCUCACGGCCCAUCCAGCUUGGAUCGACUACCUGCCAUGGCCGCGGAUGCGAGAUCGCCUGGUGAUGUCGUAUCAGGACUACCCCUUUGAGAACUGGUUCAUUCCCUUCACACGCACCCUGUCUGUGAAUUGGCCAUACGAAGCGACAGACUGCCUUUUGUCUUCCGGUGACGGUGACGAGCUUAUGGUUAACCCUGUCUUUGAAAGACACUUCCGCAAUCUCGGUAACUGGUCGCUGGGGCCCGCUUUUGCGGAAGCCUAUCCUUCCUUGGUCGAAACCACAAGGAUUAAAACUUCACACUGA